AGGAUUUUAACAUUUGUUUUAAGUAUAUUGUUUUAAAUUAGUAACAAUGCGAUUGUUGUUGAUAUUAUUGAUAGCAAUUUGCUAUCAAACUUUCGCAGAACCACCAGUAAAUUCAUACUUACCACCAAAUGGUCAAAGCUCACAACCGGGGUCAAGCUACGGCCCACCAGGAUUAGGUGGUGGCCAAGGAAGUGGUUUUGGAGGUGGUAGUCAACCGUCGAGUAGUUAUGGAGCCCCAGGUCAAGGUGGUAAUGGAUUUGGAUCAAACGGAGCCAAUGGAUUAGGUGGUGGAAGACCUAGUUCAUCUUAUGGCCCACCAGGUCAAAAUGGAAGAAACGGAGCAAAUGGUUCCCAACGGCCAAGCUCUUCUUAUGGACCUCCAGGACAAGGUGGUAAUGGAUUCGGAUCCGGAGGUGCUCAACAACCUGGAUCUUCUUAUGGACCUCCAGGUCAAGGUGGCAAUGGAUUUGGUGCUGGCGGUAAUGGAGGUGCCCAAAGACCUGGAUCAUCAUAUGGUCCCCCAGGUGCAGGAGGCAAUGGAUUUGGAUCUGGAGCUAAUGGGGGAGCUCAACGACCAGGAUCUUCUUAUGGUCCUCCAGGUCAAGGUGGCAAUGGAUUCGGACAAGCUGGCAAUGGUGGUUCCCAACGACCAGGAUCUUCUUAUGGACCUCCAGGCUUGGGUGGUAGUGGUAAUGGCUUUGGUCAAGGAGGCAGCGGCGGUGCUCAAAGACCCGGUUCUUCGUAUGGUCCCCCAGGUCAAGGUGGCAAUGGAUUUGGACAAGGAGGCAGCGGCGGUGCUCAAAGACCAGGUUCUUCUUAUGGCCCACCAGGCCAAGGUGGUAAUGGAUUUGGACAAGGAGGUAAUGGUUCUCCUCAACAACCAGGAUCUUCUUAUGGACCUCCAGCCUUAGGUGGUAAUGGUUUUGGUUCAAACGGUGCUGCACAACGGCCAAGUUCAUCGUAUGGAGCUCCAGGUGCAGGUGGAAAUGGUCAACAACCUAGCUCUUCUUAUGGUGCACCAGGCCAAGGAGGAAAUGGUUUUGGUAGUCAACCAUCCAGUCAAUAUGGUGCACCAGGUGCAGGAAACGGGCAAAAUGGUUAUGGAAGUGGAAGACCUGGAAGUGGAGGAAACGGAUUUGGAAGUUCAGAUGAUGAAGGCAAUGGCGAACCAGCAAAAUACGAAUUUAAUUAUGAAGUAAAUGAUCCACUAACUGGUACUCAAUUUGGACAUUCUGAAUCACGUGAUGGUGAUUAUACUCAAGGUGAAUACAAUGUACUUCUUCCCGAUGGUAGGAAGCAAAUUGUUGAGUAUGAAGCUGACCGUGACGGGUUCAAACCUCAGGUUCGAUAUGAAGGAGAAGCAAAUAACCUAGGAGGUGCAGGUGGACAAGGAGGUGCCGGUGGUUACCCAAGUGGUGGGGCACAAGGUGGUGCCGGUGGUUAUCCAAGUGGUGGACCACAAGGUGGAGUAGGUGGUUAUCCAAGUGGUGGACCACAAGGUGGUGCUGGAGGUUACCCAAGUGGUGGACCUCAAGGAGGUAAUGGCGGUUACCCAAGUGGAGGAUCUCAAGGAGGUAAUGGUGGUUACCCAAGUGGUGGGCCUCAAGGAGGUGCCGGUGGUUACCCAAGUGGCGGAUCCCAAGGUGGUGCAGGUGGUUACCCAAGCGGGGGACCUCAAGGAGGUGCAGGUGGUUACCCAAGUGGAGGACCACAAGGAGGUGCAGGUGGCUAUCCAAGUGGAGGAUCUCAAGGAGGUGCAGGUGGUUACCCAAGUGGUGGACCUCAAGGAGGCAAUGGCGGCUAUCCAAGUGGAGGACCACAAGGAGGCAAUGGCGGCUAUCCUAGUGGUGGUCCACAAAAUGGCCGAGGACGUAAUGGCGGUAAUGGUGGACGCAAUGGCGGUAAUGGUGGACGCAAUGGCGGUAAUGGUGGACGCAAUGGCGGUAAUGGUGGACGCAAUGGUGGUAAUGGAUAUUCAAGUGGCGGAAGUGACGGAUAUCCACGAGGUGGUCCUCCAGGUGGGGGUACCAAUGGUUAUUAGAUAAUCACGAAUAUUUCAGUUUAAAUUAUUAACAACAUGCAUCCGUACAUCUACUCUUUUCUAUUCAUACCAUGAUAACCGAAAAUUUCUAGAUUUUUACAAUAUUAGAUAAUUCCAGAACGUUUGUUAUUGGUGAGUAAAAUAGGAACAAACCCAGGGAGCGUUAUAAUAUACCCAAUUAUUAAGCUUUACAUAAACUAUUGGCCCAACUUAGUACAAAUUAUCAGUUUUUUGUGGUAAAAAAACUAACGAACACAAGUCAGUUUUCAUUAGUGCUCAUUAGUUUUUUGCUAACGUUCAUGUAUGUCAAAACAGUGUAAUAGUGUAUAAACUAAUUACACUAAGUGUAAGAAUAUAAAAAUAAAGUACCACAUUCUAAUAGAUCU